AUGGCUCGAGAACUGCCGCUGCCACAGGCCUGGUAUCAGACCGCACUGGAGGAGUCUCUUCUCCUAGAUGCGCUUCGCCAUUUGAUCCCUGAUGAGCGACCGCUGUGCAUACCACCGGCCGCUUCCAUGGCAUCGCGCAAUGACAUCAUCGAGCUGGCACGAAAGCUUUUGUCACCAGCGGAGUAUGACAAUUUCUUGAUGUAUGCGACCGCGUUGAGCCAGCAUCUGCUUCAUAUGACGGAAGACAUAUUCCCUGCUGCACCUGCCUGUGAUCUAGGGCCACCGGCACAUCCAGCAGAAGCGACUGCUCGGCUAUACAUGGACGCGCAGCAAGGCUCCCUAUGGACGGCUGUCCGGGCCAUUGUUGCUGACUUGCCCUUUAAAAUGCAGCAACGCCAGCUCUCAGCAAAGCCAGUACUGACCUUCAGUGCUGGGGCUUAUGGGCAUCGAUCAUACGUUGGACUCCACAAACACACGCUGCAGACGCCGACAGUCUGUCGCAUGGUCAACGCUCUGAUCCGAGGCCUUGCUCCCUCCUUGCGAUGGACAACCUUCAGCAUCACCUGCAAUUGUCUUAAUGAGGUCCAUGUUGACAAGCAGAACGCUGCCAUUGAUUCGCUGGUGCUGGGCUUAAGUCACUUUACAGGCGGGGCCCUGUGGAUUCAGGAUUCGGCCGGACUGCAAUUCGAAGAAGUGCAGGAUGCCCUCGUGCCCGGAAAGCUUUACGAGGUUAGUCGCCGAUGUUACCUGAUGCCAGCCUUUGCACGAUGGCACCGAACGUACCAGUGGCAGGAAGGUGAGAGAGUUGUCCUUCUUGCCUAUGCAAUAGGACAGCACCGAUGCCUGAGUGCGGAGCACAGGUCCCACUUAGAUAGCCUAGGGUUCGCCUUGCCGGGUUGCUAA